AUGCGAUUACUAGGCUUCUAUCCGCCUCAAAAAUUCAAGAAAUUUUACAGAUUUUACGCCUAUGCCGUAUACGUGAGUUUCACCAUUCCUGUUCCAAUACUAGCAGCAGUUCAUUUAAUAGUUGGCGAAAAUAUAGAUCUAGUUCAAGUUGGAGAGAGCUCGUUUAUAAUGUUUCAAGGAGGAUGUUUCAUAUCUAAAUUAAUACCAUUUAUUUUUAACUCAGAAGAUAUUAGAAAGUCCAUCUACAUGCUAGAAUGGCCGGUGUUCAACAACUACUCUCAGAAACAAGGAGAAAUCAUAGAGAAGUGUGUGAAAAUUUGUAAGAGAAACACUUGGUUAUUUUUGGGUUUUUGUAUGAUAUCUUUUGUGGCUUGGUCCGUAAUGCCAUUUUUUGGGAGCGUGCAUAAAUUUCCUAUAAAAAUUUGGCUCCCUUUCGAACCAACUUCGGACGACAAGAUGUAUGUUUUGACUUAUAUUUUCAUUAUUUCGGGUGUUGGUAAUGGUGCGAUAUCCAAUGGUGUGAUAGAUCCUCUAGUUUCUGGAUUGGCGUGUUUUGCUGCCUCUCAACUUGAAAUAUUAAAAGAUGAUUUAGAAAAUUUAGGAACAGAAGCAGAACAAGCAAUUGGUUCUAACUGUGAUGAAGAAAAUAAGGCGCUGUAUCAAAUUUUGAAAAAUAAUAUUAUUUACAGUAAAAUUGGGGCAUGCAUUAAUCAUCACAUUACAAUUAUAACAUUUAUUCAACAUUAUGAAAGAAUAUAUUCAGCCGUGGUAUUUACUCAGUUUAUGGCAGCAGUACUUGUUAUUUGCGUUUCCUGUUUGCAGUUGAGUAUGAGCAACACUUUAACAUCUGCUGUUUAUAUGGGUACAUGGUAUGAAUUCGAUUUAAAAUCUAGAAAAGCACUUAUAAUUUUAAUGGAACGUUCGAAGAGACCAAUUAUAAUCACUGCAGGAAAAAUAUUAGAAUCGUCUCUUGUGACUUUUACUGCCGCAACAAAUGGCGCCCAAUUCAAACCUGUCUCUCGUCUAGCGUUCCCCCUUAAAUCGGCUGUAUAUACAAGAAACAGUGGAGGUCCUAAGACAGUCCCUUGCGGAACACUCCCUUAUUACCUGCCUACAGUCACUCACUGCCUCACCAACUUUUACUCUAAAAAGUCGCCCAGCAAGGAAGGAUUUAAACAAAACUAA